UCUUCUUCUUCUUCUUCUCGUCCUCCUCUCUGCUCACACCGUUAUCACCAGCAGCGGAUCUGCUGCAGUGUUUCUCGACCGGAGGCUGAAGGGUCGUUUCCUCUGAGGGGAAAGCGAGGAGCGUUUCUUUUCUCACCGAUGACUUUGGUCUGAGUUGAACAUGCAGAGCUCCAAAGGCUUCAAGGUGGAUGACUUCAUCGCGGGAUGGAUCGGAGGAGCUUCCAGUGUGGUGGUCGGUCAUCCGCUGGACACAGUCAAGACGCGGCUGCAGGCGGGGAGGGGCUACAGGAACAUGCUGCACUGCAUCCUCACCAUCUACAGGAAGGAAACGCUCAUGGGGUUUUUUAAGGGCAUGUCGUUCCCGCUGGCCAGCAUCACCUUCUACAACUCGGCCGUGUUCGGCUUCUUCAGCAACACGCAGAGACUCAUAAGCAAGUAUCGCUACGGCGACGGGCGGCAUCCGUGCGGCAUGCUGGACUUGACCGUGGCCAGCAUGCUGACGGGCCUGAUGUCGGUGGGCAUCGGGGCGCCCGUGGAUCUGGUGAAGAUCCGACUGCAGCUGCAGACGCAGACGGUUCUCGCAGAGAACUUAAAUCUGGCUGGAAACGUGUCGAACGGCACCAACAUCCCUCUGCGCUCGGUCAACAUCCCCAACAAGACCCUGUACCGAGGGCCCCUCCACUGUGUGAGCAGCAUCCUGCAGACCGAGGGCCUCCAGGGCCUGUACCGGGGGGCCGGGGCCAUGAUCCUGAGGGACGUCCCCGGAUACACACUCUACUUCAUUCCAUACACCAUCUUCUGCAACUUGUUGAAGCCAGAUGCUACGUCGAGUCCUCAUCCUGGUUCUAUCUGGCUCGCGGGAGGACUGGCAGGGUCCAUCUCCUGGGUCACGGCCACGCCGGCGGACGUGGUGAAGAGCCGCAUGCAGGCCGACGCCCAGCUGCAGAGGAAGUACAGGGGAAUCUUACACUGCAUCGUCCACAGCUACAAGACGGAGGGAAUACGGGUCUUCUUCUGUGGAGCGUUGGUAAACGCCGUCCGAGGCUUCCCGAUGAGCGCCACCAUGUUCCUGACCUACGAACUCUCCCUGCAGUUCUUCAGGAGCCUCUAGGACGGAGGACUCGCGCUCCGCUCUCCACAGCAACACGAACCUCCGCAGCUUUGAGACGAGAGAUCGAUUCUGCUGCUUCGUGGCCUGAAGUUAGGUUUGAGCAGAUUUAAAGACUUUCAGCACCUCAGGGUGAAUUAAUGAAAGAAUGAGCUUCAGUCGCUGCUGCUCUUCAAUGACGGGUUCAUUGAUGCUGCGCCUUAUUUAGUCCAGAGGGUUUUCAAAGUGGGAGGCGUUCGUCAGACUCAGAGUGAAAGUGAAAGAAAAUAUGAUACGAGUUCUAAUAUUAGUUAUUAAAGGCAGAACAGUCUGAGUCGGUCAUUUAGUUUAACAGAGUCAGACACUAAUAAAAGACGUUUUAAUCUGUCGAGGUAAAUCUGGUAAAGUUAUGUCAAACAGCAGCAUUCUGUUAUUUAACUCAGUUUAUGAAUGAGUCAAAUAAGUCAGAAUGAAGCUUUCAAACUUUGAAUAUUAACAUUUAUUUUUAGCAGCAAAUAUAAAACAUUUCAUUAGAUUUCCUGCGUUGACUAGAAACCAGCAUCGUGUACGUCUCAGUUAGAAUUUGAAACAUCCACCACCGGUCAUGUGAUCGUCUCUUCUUACACUUUGACUCGUGGCCUCAGACCCACAGUUGUCCUCGACUGUCCCCAGGUUCAGGUUCAGGCUGCAGGUGAGGCGUUGGCCACCAGGGGGCCUAAACUCUGUUAAUCCAAACAGACAGAGGCAGCAGUUAAUUAAAUGGUUGAGAAUUAUAUUAAUGAAGCGAAUAAUAAUGUCGAUAAUCUCGUUAUUUAAGGGACGAGUGGAGGAUUUCUUUGAUUUUGAUCAGUUUUACCAAAGAACAAGUUUUUCUUUAUGAUUUUGAUGCAGAAACACAAAGAGCUGAUUUAUGAGUCAAGAGAAUCUUUGAGAUUAAAAACUUGGUCACAGAAAACAACCUUUAGACAAAGUUUAAAUAGUUUGAACGUUAUUCUUCAUUGACUAAUUUGACACUUAAAUAAUCAUGUAAGUGAUUAUGACACAAAUUGUCCGUUCCGACGAGUUUCCACCUCGACACCAGAUCAGCUCUCGACCUGCAAAUCUCCAAAUCAAUGUUUUUUAGUCUGAAUGUGGCGACUCAGUGAAGAAAGGAUCUUUGCACUUUGACCUCAGCGAGAUGGAGAAAUACGACUUCAUGCUAAAAUAGGAGUUUAAAGAUUUUAAGAAAAGAGGAUGUGACGUUUUCACCACAAAUCCUUGAAUCUAAAUUUAAUAUAUUUUCUCAGUGUUGAGUUGGUUUUUAUUCCCUUUAGUUUUUAUUCUGUUCUAAAUAUUCUUAUUAGCUAGAAUCAAAUUCCCAUUGAACAUGACAAUGACACGUGUUGUGUGUGUGCCUCCCAUGUUACCGUCCACAUGUGUGUAAUAUUAUAUUUGUGUGUUUCUUAUAUUAAGAAAAGUGAGUUUACAAGUUGACGCCACAUUAACAUGAGCUUUUUUCACAAUACUAUUAAAAUGCAUGAUUCACACAAUGAGCCGUUAUAGCAAAGCUUUAUAUUAAUUGCUUUUCUAAAGUCUGCAGCACAAAUAUUCAAUCAAUGACGUGUUAACAGGUUCGUAGCAUCUAUACCUAAAAUAAUUAUUACUUUCACGAUUUAAAGCCUUAACAUUUAACGUUGUGUGUAGAUUUUACUGCACCGGAAAGUGUUGUUUUAUAUUCUAAGACGUAUUAAUCUGCAUCCUGAAGCUACUGAUCCUCUAGAUCUCUGCACACAGAGGAUAUUUCUCAUUUUGGAGACAAUAUCCUGAAUCAUAACGUAGCCGCUGCCUUAUAAGUGAUAUUUAAAAUUGUUUCCUUGUCAUGUAAAUACUUGUAAAUAUGUGAACUGCCAUUCCAGCUGUUGUGGAACCAGACGUGUCUUAUUGUACAUAAAUAAAGCUUUUAACGUCC